AUGCAUGAAUGCGGCUCUGUCUCCUCUUUGGUCCAAGGGCAUGAGGAUUCUGCCUUAUUUGGACGAUUGGCUGCUCUGCGCCCCAACGAAAGUACACGCUCUAAGCGAUACCAAGAUUCUUCUGGAUCAUAUACAGAAGCUAGGCCUUACUGUGAACGAAACAAAAAGUCAUUUGGUUCCAGAGCAGACUAUAACCUUCAUAGGAAUAAUGCUCAAUUCUGUCACAAUGUCUGCCACAUUGUCUCACACUCGGACAGUCAGUAUUCUUCAGUUGUUGACUCGUUUCCGUCUGGGGGCAAGGAUACCUUAAGCUGCCGCCACAUCCGUGAUUCCCUUAGGGUUGCUUCACCUCAGGCCUCUUCAGAAGUGGAGCAACAGCUUAGGGCUAGACUCAACGAGACAUUGCCAUCGCAUGAUUGUUGGUUCUUCUGCUUGUGUCAGAGCACUGAAACCCUGGAAACGGGUAACAUUUCUGAGGGCUGGAGUGCCACUCGGAGUGGUGCCUUCUCGUCGGGAAGUGAUCACAACCGAUGCUUCACUAACAGGAUGGGGGCAACAUGGAACCAGAGGGGGAUUGGUGGCCGCUGGUCAACAAAGGAGGCCUUAGAACUUAUCAAUGUUCUGGAACUGAAGGCAGUGUAUCUAGCGCUACAACACUUCUUACCAAAUCUGUUAGGCCACCAUGUACUUGUCCGAUCUGACAACACGUCAACAGUCUUUCAUUUGAAUCACCAGGGCGGCACCAGGUCUCUUGCGUCUUUACAACUAACUCGCAAGAUCCUCAGAUGGUCUCAAGGCCGACUGGCUUCAUUAAAGGCAGUUUAUAAUCCAGGAUCGGACAAUCAAGUGGUGAAUGCUCUGUCCAGGGAUCUACUGCUUCCGGGCGAAUGGAGGCUUCACCCGGAUGUGGUGCAACCGAUAUUGCAACAGUUCGGCAAGGCAGAGGGUGCUUUUAGUGGCACCUCGUUGGCCAGCCAGGCCGUGGUUUCCUCUUCUUCUCAGUCUGUUACAGGGCGAGCCGUGGCAGAUUCCCAUCAGACAGGACCUCCUUUCUCAGCUGAAUGGCCGUGUUUGGCACCCGGAUCCAGCUUGUCUUCAGCUUUGGGUUUGGCCAGUGGAUACUCUUCCCAAGGGUGGUCGCUUGACCAGAUUACCAUAUUUGCUCUGGUGGAUUCCUUUGUGCGGAGAUGCAAAGAUCUAAUAGAGGUGUGUGAGUGUCAGCAGCAGUUUGCUCGCUGGGAAGAGGGUGAGCGAGUGCCGUUGCCAUGCUUUGCUGGACGUCAGGGGUCAGAGGUCACUCAGAGACUGCUGUACAUAGAGGCAACCUUUGACAACAGCCUGCAGGUCCUGCACUCUGUUAAGGACAUCCUGGAUGUCAGAAAUCCCUCUUGGCAUGAGGACUACAGCAGGUUUUGUGGUAAAGUGAAAGAUCUGGAGGUGAUGAUGCAGAAUUUGAUCACUUCGACCUUCGAGACUGUGAACUGUGUGGAGGAAGGAGUACAGCUGCUUGACGUGUUUCAGCACCUGUCUGGAAGAGAGGCAAUCAAGCGGACCAUUGACAGAAAGACGGUGGAUGUAUACGCAUUGCUUAGUGCUGAGCUGAGUGAUAUUAAUUUGGUGAUGUGCAGGCUGUCAUCUCUCACUCCUGCUCAGAUGCCUCGACAUGCAGGACAGGGGCAUUGGACCCGAGCACUCCGAUCACGGAUAGAAAGACCCAUGGAGGUUCUCCGGCGAACUCAUUUCCUGCCACAAGUCAGCAGUGGAGAGGAGGUGCAUGUGAAUUACGCUAAGCUGUGUCAGACUCUGGAUGAGAAGGUGAGGAGGAUCUUCACAGACUGGAGUCAGAGUCUGAACAGAGAGUGUCUCAGCAGUCUCAACCAGCCACUCAUGAUCCGCUGUAAAGGGAAGACAGGCCCGCUGGACAUCAACUUUAACAAGAACCGGUUGAAGAUGUUUAAUGAGAUUCAUUACUGGGACCGACUGCUCUUCGAGAUCCCUCACUAUGUCACAGAGGUGUAUCAGCGCAGAGAGGAACUCCACAACCUGAGAGAGAAUGUCCUCCUAGUUGUUAGAGACUAUAACAGAAUCAUUAAGGCUCUAAAUGCAGAUGAGCUGGGUCUCUUUUCUGAGAGAAUUCGGUUCCUGGAUCGGAAAAUCCAGCCAGGCCUGUCAAAACUGCACUGGUCCACAAAAGGAACAGCCAGCGUCUUUAUCAAUGACUGCAGAGUGCACGCCAACAAGGUGCAGUUAAUGGUGGAUGAGUAUAAGGCAGCUAGCUUAGCUGCCUCUAAGCUCUGCGAGCAGAUAAGUGAGCUGCUUUUGGUGCGUGUGGAUGGCAAGAUGGUCUAUGGAGACCUGGAGUUACAGGAGGAUCAGCAGAGUCAUCAGCAUAGCCAGCUGCUCCGACUGCAGAACGCUCACCAGGACAUCAUCAAAAUCAUGGCCAGAGUCUAUGGGACCUUCCACCUAGAUGGCCCAGAGGUGCAGCAGCAUUGGGUGUCAUACAUGGAGAAGAUGGACCGAAUGGUUGAGGAGGCGUUUCGUGUGAAUAUAAAGCGCUCUCUACAGGAGCUCUCUAAAGCCAUCAAUGGAGACAGCAAGACAUCCCCGAACCCCUUAUUCAGAGUAGAGGUGGUACUGACACAACAGACUCCUCGGUCUCCUGCUCAGGUGGAUUUCUCCCCUUCUCUCCAGAAACUGGCCCACAUAGUGAACAGCAUUAGCUCUCAGCUCAUCAAGACCAUGUCAGGGUUCAAACGUCUGCCAGACCUGCUGACCCGCCAGCACUCACAGCGAAAACCUAUCCACAGCAUCAUCGAGCAAGAUGAAGAGAUCUGUAAGCUCCAGGGAGCCAUAGCUGCAGGAAUGGUGACUAAUGCAUCUUACCUGCAGACCUACCUGAAGACCUGGGACAAACACAGAGAGAUCUGGGAAAUCGAAAAAGACGGCUUUAUACAGCGCUACCAGCGGCUCAACCCUACAGUAACCUCCUUUGACGCUGACAUAGCCAGAUACACAGAGGUGGCGAAUAACGUCCAGAAGGAGGAGACAGUGUUAAGUCUGCAGUUCGUGUUGCUGGACUGUUCUCCACUCAAAUUCUCUCUGCUGCAACAUUGUAACGAGUGGCAGAGCAAGUUCACGCAGCUGCUCAGCCUUAUGGCCAGUGCCAAACUAAAGGAAUUGCACAGCUUCCUGCAGGAAAACGCUCUCAGGGUGUCUCAGCCUCCUCAGACUCUGCCGGAGUUGGGAGAGAGUCUAAAACUUCUGGAAACUCUGCAGGCAGAUCUGAGUAAGAUAGAAAGUCAGAUUCCGCCCAUCCACGAGCAGUUUGCCAUCCUUGAGAAAUACGAGGUUGCCGUCGACCCCGCUGUGUUGGAGUUGCUGGAGGCUCUGAAUUCAGAGUGGGUGUGGUUCCAGCAGGUUGUGAUUGACAGUGACAUCAUGUUGAAGAAACACAAAGACAUGAUGAAGAGUGGGCUGGUCCUCUCCUCUGAGGAGUUUAAGAAGAAGACACAGUCUGCCCUGCAGAGCUUCAAUAGCAAUGGUCCAUUUGGCAGAAGUGUAGCCCCAGAUUCUGCACUGCAGCAGGUGUCAGAGCUGCGUGCCCAGUUGGAUACUCUUAAAGAAGAGCAGCAGAACAUACGCUAUGGUCUCAACAUCUUUAAUAUUGAACAACCAGCUUCUAAAGACAUCCUCACUCUUGAGAAGGACAUGAAUUACCUGCAGCAGGUAUGGGAGAUCGCCCAGCAGUGGGAGGCUCUUUGGGACGAGUGGAAGGGGGGUCACUUGGCCUCUCUACAGACCGAGGCCAUGGAUAACACCACCCAGACCAUGUUCAAAAGACUCCACACACUCAGCAGGGAGUUCAAGGACAAGCACUGGGAGGUUGUGGACUUCUCUAAGAGCAGGAUCAUGCAGUUUAAGAAAAUCAUCCCACUGAUCACAGACCUCAGAAAUCCAGCCAUGAGAGAGAGAGUGGUUCCUGACAAAAUGACACUGUCGUCUUUCCUGUUGUCUCUUCAGCGGACUAUCUCUCUUUGUAACUUCUCUCUGUUCUGGAUAUUGCCCUCUGUAUCUUGUGACCUGAGGUGUGCUACACUGGAAGGCAUCACGAAGACAUGGGAGGAAACGUCCCUGGACAUCACACCCUACAAAGACAAAGGUCACCACAAACUGAGGGGAACAGAUGAAGUGUUCCAGGCUCUGGAGGAUAACCAGGUUACACUCUCUGUAAUGAAAGCAUCUCGUUUCGUCAAAGCAUUUGAAAAGGAAGUUGAUCACUGGGAACGUAGUCUGUCUCUGGUGCUGGAAGUCAUCGAAAUGAUCCUCACUGUACAAAGACAGUGGAUGUAUCUAGAGAAUAUCUUUCUGGCAGAUGACAUACGUAAGCAGUUGGUUCGUGAGACAGCUGAAUUUGAUGACGUCAACUCCAGUUGGAAGAUCAUCAUGGACCGACUCAACAAGGACAAAAAUGCUCUCAGAGGAACACACCAUCCAGGUCUUCUAGAGAAGCUCUCAGAAAUGAACACUAAGUUAGAGGUGAUUCAGAAGUCUCUGGACAUGUACCUGGAGACCAAACGGCAAAUCUUUCCUCGGUUUUACUUUCUGUCUAACGAUGACCUUCUGGAGAUCCUGGGCCAGUCACGCAACCCUGAAGCUGUGCAGCCACACCUCAAGAAGUGCUUUGACAACAUCAAAAGUCUCCGCAUCAACAAAGUUGGGAUCAAUAACAACAAGUCGGAGGCAAGUGGGAUGUUCUCAGCUGAUGGGGAGUUUGUUGACUUCACUCAUCCUGUCCUUCUGGAGGGGCCAGUGGAGGCAUGGUUGUGUGAUGUCGAGCGAACCAUGCGUUGGACUCUAAAGGACUGUCUGAAGAACUGCUCGAUGGCUCUCAAAAAGAUGCCAGGGAAGAGGGGCAAAUGGGUACGAGACUGGCCUGGACAGAUGUUGAUCACAGCCAGUCAAAUCCAGUGGACCACAGACGUCACCAGAGCACUCAUGACCAGCAAAGAGAGAGCAGAUAAGGCUGCUCUUAAAUCACUAAAAAAGAAACAGGUGUCCAUGCUAAGUCAGUACUCUGAAGCCAUACGAGGGAACUUAUCAAAGAUUCUACGCUUGAAGAUCGUCGCCCUGGUCACCGUUGAGGUCCAUGCCCGUGAUGUCAUCAGCAAACUGGCCAAAGCAGGCUGUUGUGAUGUCAGUGCCUUUGACUGGCUGUGCCAACUCCGCCUGUACUGGGACAAGGAUGUGGACGACUGCAUCAUCAAACAGACUAAUACCCACUUCCGCUAUGGCUACGAGUACCUAGGCAACUCUGGUCGUCUGGUCAUCACCCCCCUCACAGACAGGUGCUACAUGACUCUUACCACAGCGCUGCAUCUGCACCGGGGCGGUUCUCCCAAAGGCCCUGCUGGGACUGGGAAGACAGAGACGGUUAAAGAUCUGGGUAAAUCUUUGGGCAUGUACGUGAUUGUGGUCAACUGCUCAGAAGGCUUGGACUUCAAAUCUAUGGGCCGCAUGUACUCUGGCCUGGCUCAGACAGGCGCAUGGGGUUGUUUUGAUGAGUUUAACCGUAUAAACAUUGAGGUGCUGUCCGUGGUCGCUCAGCAGAUUUUAUCCAUCCUGUCUGCUCUGUCUGCGGGACUCAACAAAUUCACCUUUGAGGGGAGAGAGAUCAGCUUGGUCUGGUCUUGUGGGAUCUUCAUCACUAUGAACCCAGGCUACGCUGGCCGCACUGAGCUGCCUGAUAAUUUGAAGUCUAUGUUUCGGCCGAUCUCUAUGGUAGUGCCAGAUUCCACCCUUAUUGCUGAGAUCACGCUUUUUGCAGAGGGUUUCAAUAACUGCAAGGUGCUGGCUAAGAAGGUCUUCACUCUGUAUUCUUUGGCUGUACAGCAGUUGUCUAAACAGGACCACUAUGACUUUGGCUUGAGGGCUCUCACCUCUCUGCUUCGCUAUGCUGGAAAGAAACGCAGAGCUUGCCCUGACAUUGUCGAUGAAGAGAUCCUGCUGAUGUCUAUGAAGGACAUGAACAUCGCUAAACUAACCUCCAUCGAGCUGCCACUGUUUAAUGGGAUCAUCCAGGAUCUUUUCCCUGCCGUGGAGACACCCACUAUCGACUAUGGAAAGGUAGCCUUUCCCACUACAAAAAGUAGUACUGUAUUUCUCCCUUUCUGCCUCCACUCAUGCACAUCAUACAGUGAGUGUCCACUAAACCCCAAGGCAGUGACCCUGGGAGAGCUGUACGGAGAAUACAACCUCUCCACCAAUGAGUGGACAGACGGCGUCCUCUCCUCGCUUAUGAGGACAGCCUGUGCAGAUGAGAAGCCUGAUGAGAAGUGGAUUGUGUUUGACGGGCCAGUGGACACGCUGUGGAUCGAGAGCAUGAACUCUGUAAUGGAUGACAACAAAGUCCUCACACUCAUCAAUGGAGAGAGAAUCUCCAUGCCCGAACAGGUCUCAUUAUUGUUUGAAGUGGAGGAUCUAGCUGUGGCGUCUCCUGCUACCGUGUCUCGCUGUGGAAUGGUUUACAACGACUACUCUGAUUUGACCUGGAAGCCUUAUGUUCAGUCCUGGAUGGAAAAACGGCAGAAGGUUGAAAUGGAUCAUCUCAGGCAGCUGUUUGACCGCUACAUAGACAAGACCCUCACCUUUAAGAAGACUCACUGUAAGGAGCUGGUGCCCAUCACUGAACUGAACGGAGUGGCAUCGCUCUGUAGGCUCUACGACUCACUGGCCACUCCAGAGAACGGGGUGAACCCAGCGGACUCUGAAAACUUUGGCCGUAUGGUGGAGCUCUGGUUCAUCUUCAGUCUCAUAUGGUCUGUGUGCGCCUCCGUAGAUGAGGAUGGACGCAAGAAGAUUGACAACUUCCUGCGGGAAGUAGAGGGGACUUUCCCUAACAAGGACACCAUCUACGAAUACUACGUGGACACCAAGAACAAAACGUGGGCGUCAUUUGAGGACAAGCUGCCCAAAGGCUGGCGCUACGCCUCCAACGCUCCGUUCUAUAAGAUCAUGGUCCCCACAGUGGACACUGUGCGCUAUCAUUACCUGGUCAAGGCUCUGGUGUCCACUCAGCACCCUGUGCUCCUGACGGGUCCAGUGGGGACAGGGAAGACUUCAGUGGCCCAGAAUGUCCUGCAGAGCCUGGACUCAGUCACGUGGGCCAUGCUCACCAUCAACAUGUCCUCACAGACUAGCUCUAAUAACGUGCAGGAGAUCAUCGAGUCUCGAGUGGAGAAGAGAAUUAAAGGUGUGUAUGUUCCAGUGGGAGGGAAAAGGAUGGUUGUUUUCCUGGAUGAUCUCAACAUGCCCGCCAUGGACGACUUUGGCUCCCAGCCUCCUCUGGAGCUGCUCCGUCUCUGGAUCGACUAUGGCUUCUGGUACGACCGCCAGAAACAGAUCCUCAAGUGUAUCAAGGACAUUUUUCUGCUGGCUGCUAUGGGGCCCCCUGGUGGAGGGAGGACUCAGAUAUCAGGACGCCUUCAGAGUCGCUUUAAUCUUAUCAACAUGACAUUUCCUACAGAGUCUCAGAUAAAGCGUAUCUAUGGCACCAUGAUCAGUCAGAAGCUGCAGGAGUUUGAGGAGGAGGUGAAGCCCAUCGGGGGGGUUCUGACUCAGGCCACCCUGGAGCUCUACCACGCCAUUACCGCCCGCUUCUUACCCACGCCCGCAAAAAUACAUUAUCUCUUCAACCUCAGAGACAUCUCCAAGGUGUUCCAGGGUUUAUUGCGAGCACACAAAGACUUCCAUGACACCAAACAGAGCAUCACCCGCCUCUGGAUUCAUGAGUGCUUCAGGGUCUUCUCUGAUCGACUGGUGGAUCAUGCAGACAUGGAGACUUUUGUGGGACUUCUGUCAGAAAAACUGGCUUCUUAUUUCGAUGUCCCCUACCACACAAUUUGCCCCAACAAACAGCCUCCUCUGUUUGGUGACUUCCUGAGGGAGCCACAUGUGUAUGAGGACCUGUUGGACUUUAAAGCUCUUAAGGUUCAUAUGGAGAACGAGCUAGAGGAUUAUAACCUCACGCCUGGUGUGGUGCCUAUGAGUCUGGUGCUCUUUAGAGAUGCUAUAGAACAUGUAACACGUUUGGUACGUGUGAUCAGUCAGCUCCGGGGGAACAUGUUGCUGGUCGGUAUCGGUGGCUCAGGCAGACAGAGUUUAACCAGACUUGCCGCCUACAUCUGUAAGUUUAUGGUCUUCCAGGUGGAGGUCACCAAACAGUACCGCAAACAAGAGUUCAGAGAGGAUAUUAAAAAGCUCUAUCGGCUGACAGGAGUGGAAAACAAGCCCACUGUGUUCCUGUUUAAUGACACACAGAUCGUGGACGAGUCCUUUCUUGAAGACAUUAACAACAUUCUGAGCUCAGGGGAGGUGCCCAAUCUCUAUAAAGCAGACGAGCUCGAUGAGAUUCACAAUGCUCUGUCAGACUCAGCCAGGAAGGACAAUAUCCUGGAGACAUCAGACGCCAUGUUUAACUACCUGAAAGAGCGCGUCAGAAACAACCUGCACAUUGUGCUGUGCAUGAGCCCUGUAGGAGAUCCAUUCAGGAACCGUAUUCGACAGUACCCAGCCCUUGUGAACUGCACAACGAUAGACUGGUUCUCUGAAUGGCCACGUGACGCUCUAUUGGAAGUGGCUGAAAGAUUUUUGGAUGGACUCUCUUUAGGGAGCGAGGAUGAGAUCCAGACUAAUGUUGCCAGUAUCUUUGUGACCAUGCACCAGUCUGUGGCCCAGUUCUCUCACAGGAUGAAAGUAGAAGUAAAGAGACACAAUUACGUCACACCUACCAACUACCUGGAGCUGGUUUCUGGAUACAAGAAGUUGCUGUAUGAGAAGCGUGGCGAGCUCGGAGAGCAAGUGUCUAAGUUGAGGAAUGGCUUGUUUAAAAUCGACGACACACGCAGUAAGGUGGAGGCCAUGUCUGUAGAGUUGGAAGAGGCCAAGAAGAAAGUGGCUGAGUUCCAGAAACAGUGUGAGGAAUAUCUGGUUGUCAUUGUGCAGCAGAAGAGAGAGGCAGAUGAACAGCAGAAGGCGGUGGGUGCUCACAGUGAGAAAAUAGAAGCAGAAGAAAUCAAGUGUAAGGCCAUGGCUGAGAAUGCUCAGAGAGACCUAGAUGAAGCACUUCCUGCUCUGGAGGAAGCCAUGAAGGCUCUGGAGUCGCUCAAUAAGAAAGAUAUGACGGAGAUCAAGUCAUAUGGCAGACCUCCAGCUCUUGUGGAAACCGUCAUGCAGGCAGUUAUGAUCCUCAGAGGAUGUGAUCCAACUUGGGCGGAGGCCAAGAGACAACUGGGAGAGGCCAACUUCAUUAAGCAGUUGGUGAAUUUUGAUAAGAACAACAUCUCCGACCGCGUGCUGAAGACCAUUGGACAGUACUGCACGCAGCCCGACUUCCAGCCUGAGAUCAUUGGACGGAUCUCACUUGCUGCAAAUUACCUUUGCAUGUGGAUGAGGGCCAUGGAGGUAUAUGGCCGUAUCUACAGGGUGGUUGAGCCAAAGAGAGCCAGGCUGCAUGGAGCAAUGACUCAGCUGGCUGAGAAACAGGCCGCACUGGCUGAGGCCCAGGGCAAACUUAGAGAGGUAGGAGAGAAACUGGAUCAGCUGAAGCGGCAAUAUGAUGAAAAGCUGGCCCAGAAAGAGGAGCUACGGAGGAAAUCUGAGGACAUGGAGCUCAAACUGGACCGGGCCGGCAAGCUGGUGUCUGGACUGGCAGGAGAGAGAGUUCGCUGGGAGGAGACAGUGGCUGGUCUGGAGAAGAACAUGUCCUGUCUGGUGGGAGACUGCCUGCUGGCUGCUGCUUUCCUGUCCUACAUGGGCCCUUUCCUGUCCAACUACAGAGAUGAGCUGGUCACAAAUAUCUGGAUGAAACAGGUGAGAGAACUGGGGGUGCCGUGUUCUCCGGGGUUCAGCUUUGCCAUGUUCCUGUCUAAACCCACAGCAGUGCGCGAAUGGAAUAUCCAAGGCCUUCCGUCUGAUGCCUUCUCCACUGAGAACGGAGUCAUCGUCACCCGUGGCAACCGAUGGCCACUAAUGGUGGACCCUCAAGGACAAGCGCUAAAGUGGAUUAAGAACAUGGAGUCCAAACGGGGGUUGAAGGUAAUAGACCUGCAGAUGCCGGAUUUUUUGCGGAUCCUGGAGAAUGCGGUGCAGUUUGGUUCCCCAGUUCUUUUGCAGAACGUCCAAGAGGAACUAGAUCCUUCACUAGCCCCCAUUCUCAACAAGUCCCUCACAAAAGUUGGUGGGCGUUUCUUGUUAAAACUGGGAGAUAAAGAAGUGGAAUACAGUCCUGAAUUCCGUUUCUACAUGACCACCAAACUGUCCAAUCCACAUUACACUCCUGAAAUCUCUUCCAAAACCACUAUCGUCAACUUUGCUGUUAAAGAACAGGGUCUGGAGGCCCAGCUGCUGGGGAUCGUGGUGAGGAAGGAGCGUCCUGAGCUGGAGGAACAGAAGGACUCUCUGGUGAUCAACAUCGCCUCUGGCAAGAGGAAACUGCAGGAGCUGGAGGACGAGAUCCUGCGGUUGCUGAAUGAGGCGUCCGGCUCCCUGCUGGAUGACGUUCAGCUGGUGAACACCCUGCAGACCUCCAAAGUCACGGCCACGGAGGUCGCAGAACAACUGGAGAUCAGCGAACUGACCGAGAGCCAAAUCGAUACCGCCAGAGAGGCCUACCGCCCCUGCGCCCAGAGGGCGUCCAUCCUGUUCUUUGUACUGAAUGAUCUGGGCUAUAUAGAUCCCAUGUAUCAGUUCUCUCUGGACGCCUACACCAACCUGUUCACCCUGAGUAUAGAGAGCAGCCCCCGCAGCCACAAACUGGAGGAGAGGAUAAACAACCUCAACAGACACCACACUUAUGCCGUCUACAGAUACACCUGUCGAGGACUGUUUGAGUGUCACAAGCUCCUGUUCAGUUUCCACAUGUGCGCCAAGAUCCUGGAGGCGUCCAGAAAGCUCAACAUUGAUGAAUACAGCUUCUUUCUCCGGGGGGGACUGGUUCUGGAUAAGGAGAAACAGAUGGAUAACCCCUGCUCUAUCUGGCUGUCUGACUCUAACUGGGACAACAUAACUGAACUGGAUAAGCUGACUAAUUUCCAUGGACUCAUGGCCUCGUUUGAGCAGUACCCUCGAGACUGGCACCUCUGGUACACCAAUCCAGAACCAGAGAAAGCACCGCUUCCUGGAGAAUGGCAAAAAAACUGCAAUGAGCUGCAGAGGAUGCUGAUUGUACGAUCUCUCCGACAGGAUCGCGUCUCUCUCUGCGUCACGACUUUCGUCAUCAAUAACCUGGGCUCUCAGUUCGUAGAGCCGCCCAUUCUCGAUAUGAAGGCUGUUUUAGCGGACAGCACCAUGAGGACUCCUCUGAUCUUUGUGCUGUCCCCUGGUGUGGACCCAACAGCAUCCCUGGUUCAGCUGGCAGAGACGUCAGGCAUGGGUCAGCGCUUCUUUGCCCUCUCACUGGGUCAGGGCCAGGCACCCAUCGCAACGCGGCUGAUCAAAGAGGGAGUCGCAAACGGUCAUUGGGUGUUCUUGGCUAAUUGUCACCUGUCUCUCUCUUGGAUGUGUGAGCUGGAUAAACUAGUAGAUGAGUUACAAAUCCAAGAAUGUCAUCCAGAUUUCCGACUGUGGCUAAGCUCCUCCCCUCACCCAGAAUUCCCCAUUGCCAUCCUGCAGACGGGCAUCAAAAUCACUACUGAGCCUCCUAGGGGGGUGAAGUGGAAUAUGAAGCGUCUCUAUCAGCGGGUGUCUGAGUCUCAGUUCUCGCGCUGCUCGCGGCCGCUGCUGUACCACAAGAUGCUCUUCACUCUCUGCUUCUUCCACAGCAUCAUCCUGGAGAGAAGGAAGUUCCUACAGCUCGGCUGGAACAUUGUCUACAGCUUCAACGACUCUGACUUUGAGGUGAGUGAGAAUCUUCUGAGUCUUUAUUUGGAUGAGUAUGAGGAAAUCCCCUGGGACGCUCUCAAGUUUCUCAUCGCUGGGAUCAACUAUGGAGGACAUGUGACUGACGACUGGGACCGACGUUUACUUACCACCUACAUCAACCAAUAUUUCUGUCCUGCUGUUAUUGAUACGCCCUUCUUUAAGGUCUCCUCGUUGGUGCAUUACUAUGUUCCUCGUGAUGGGCCUCAGUCCUCAUAUUUGGACUUCAUUGGUCAGUUGCCAGCACUGGAGCACCCAGAACUAUUUGGACAACACCCCAAUGCUGACAUCGCCAGCCAGAUCACAGAGGCUCGAACCCUCUUCCACACACUACUGUCUCUGCAGCCACAAGUCACCAGCACCGACGCCACCAGCACUGGAGCCAGCAGGGAAGAUAAGGUGUUGGAACUUUCUGCUGAUGUUCUGCAAAAGAUUCCUGCUGAGAUUGACUAUGAGGGUACUAGAAAGUUGCUAAAGGAUGACCUUUCACCUCUAAAUGUAGUACUGCUGCAGGAGAUCCAAAGAUACAACGCACUGCUGCACACCAUCAGAUUGUCUCUCUUAGAGCUAGAGAAGGGCAUUAAAGGUCUGGUUGUGAUGUCCAGCAGUCUAGAGGAGAUAUUUCACAAUAUCCAUGAUGCUCGUGUACCUCCUCUCUGGGAAAAGGCAUACCCAUCUCUGAAGCCCUUGGCGUCUUGGACAAGGGACCUGUGCCAGCGCGUGGAGCAGUUUGCUCGCUGGGCGGAAACUGCUCGCCCUCCUGUCCUCUUCUGGCUGUCUGGAUUUACCUUCCCUACGGGCUUCCUCACCGCUGUACUACAGAGCUCUGCACGCCAGAACAACGUGUCUAUAGACACUCUAUCCUGGGAGUUCAUUGUCAGCACUAUGGAUGACAAGAAUCUGCAUUCUCCUCCCAAGGAUGGAGUGUUCAUCCAGGGGCUGUAUCUGGAGGGGGCGGGCUGGGAUAAGAAAGCUUCCUGUCUGGUAGAGGCAGAGCCCAUGCAGCUAGUCUGCCCCAUGCCCUCCAUUCACUUCAAACCUGUGGAGAGCCGCAAGAGGGUCGCCAAGAAUAUGUACUCCUGUCCCUGCUACUACUACCCUGUGCGGUCCGGCGGUAGUGGUCGGCCUUCAUUCGUGGUGCCCGUCGAUCUGAAGUCUGGAGCUGUGCCUUAUGAUCACUGGAUCAAGAGAGGAACCGCUCUGCUCAUGAGCCUUGAUAACUAAACACACUCACACUUUCAGUGACACUUGAUUAACACUCCAUGUCUAAUUUUAUGCAAUGCACAAAAGAGGACAAGCACAUGUUAUACCCUUUUACACACUGAGUAAAAUUAAUUUAAGAAGAGAAUUUAAUAUGUGCUAAAUCACAAGAGAUGAAAUGAAAACUCUAGCCAUUUGUUACGUUUUAUGAAAUUAAUUUAAAUGUUUAAUAAAACAGCUCAGCAUAUUCUCAUUAAUUGGUGUUGCAGAUUUUCCAGACAUAAAAAAUUAACAACCAAUAAUUUCA